AUGAGCGGCGAGAGCAGCACCAGCGACAGCGAGGACGAGCAGAAGGAGUCCAUCGACGACCAGCUGAAGAGGAUCACCAGGCUGGGGCGGGAGGGCAGGGUCGAGGAGCUGAUCAAGGAGGCCAAGCUCCAGGACUACUCCGCGGAGAUGAUCACGGUCGCGGCGCUGAAGUCCAAGGAGCUUGGCAACGCUGCGUUCGCACGGAAGGAGUACGAGCAGGCGUUGGAGUACUACUCGGGCGCGCUACUCGGCGACGCAAGCGAGAAGGAGAAGGUCUUCAGUAAUCGCUCCGCCUGCCUGUUCCAGCUCGGCAAGUACACAGAAGCGCUCGUGGAGGCCACUAAGGCCAUCAAGGAGAAGCGGGGCUGGUCCAAGGGCUACUUCAGGGCCGGCAGGGCGGCGAUGGAGAUGGAGUAUUAUGAGGAGGCACUCGAGAUGUUUGAGAAGGGCCUUGAGAGGGAGCCCAGCAACAAGGACCUCGUGACGUGGACCCAGAAGGCCCGUGGAAUAAGGGACCAGCAGCACAAGGACAAGCUUUUGAAGAAGCAGACCACCGACUACAGCAAAUUCGAGGCCAUCACUAAGGCCCAGGAGGAAGAGGAUGAAGAGGAGGAGAUGGCGAACGACCCCAACAGGGUCAUCCUCGGUGACAGGUAUUACAAUUCCUCGAAGAUGGAGCAGCGAAGCUUGAAGGCGAUGCUGGGGUACGUGGAGCCGCCACCACCGCCCUUUAUGCCGAGGUUCGACUCCGACCUGAUCUACAGGCACGAGUCGCGCGGUCUGAAGACGCAGAAUCCCGUCUGGGACGCCACCGCGCGAGAGUGGAGGCUGGACGCGAAGCCCGCGCCGAGCCGGACCGACUACAGCGACUCGCAGCAGGCGCAGGCCAUCGCCCUGUUCCUGGAGAGGCAGUCGGACGUCGCGUACGCCGACGAGCUACUGAGCAUGCUCGACCAGCGCGCGUCGGCGAUAGGCGCCUACGCCGAGGCCGUUCGCGACCUCGUCGGCCAGCUCCUGGGCCCCGAGGGCGAGAAGCCCAGGGUGAAGCACAACAUGAUGGGCAACGACGCCCGGUGGCUCUUCGUGGGCGUCGGCACUGGUAUACCAGUGAUGACGUGCGCGAGAUACUUGCCCACUGCAGACAUCGUUGCCGUCACAGCACACCGCGCGUUUCACAUCGCUGACCUGAGCGUGUCGAUAGCGAGCUCGAACGGCUUCAAGAAGGAGCAGAUCAGGUUUAUCCACCGGCCGUCUCAGGCCCUCGCCGUGGUCGACCCAGACGGUGAGGACAUCAACAACAUGACCGGCAAGGCCGACAUCGUGGUGCUAGAUUACGAGUUGUUCGAUCCUGGUCUGCUUGGUAAGGGUGUCCUUGCCAAGGUCAACCAUAUCAAGCGGAAGGUGGCCUCGGCGGACCACGUCAUGGUGCCCAGAGGAGCCAUGAUCCAGUGCGUGCCUUGCGAGAUGAUCUGCCCUCGCGAUGAUGGCGUGACUGGUCUGGACUGGAGCGCGGGCGAUCUGACGCGGUGGGGUGCCUUCUACGAAGUGUCAAAUCUUGACGACGAGACCCUCGCUGAACCCUGGAGGCCACUUGGACAAGUACACGAAGUGUUCGAAUUCGAUUUCACCGAGAGCGAGGUCAAACUAAGUGGGCAGACUGACUUGGAUUUCGUGGCCGAAGCGGACGGAAUUAUGAAUUGCGUUUGCUUUUGGUACAAGAUGUCUUUGACUGCAAACGUGGAGCUGGAUCACACCCCGAUGUCGUUGAGGUCGCGAGGCGCAUCUCCAUUGAACGGAGACCAGUACAGACAUGCUACGCAAUGGCUAGCGGCACCGAUUACAGUUGCCAAAGGAGACGAGAUUCGAAUUCGCGCCUCCUAUAGCAGAUCGAGGGUCCGUUUCGAGGUGAUCUCGCCAGAAGUUCGGAAGGUGGAGCGGCGGAUCUCCUGUCCGAGAUGGUGUUUCACACGUCUGCGAGACGAGCAGCGCACCGACGCGUUCAAGAAGGCAAUAGAGAAAGCGCUCGAGAAAAUCAUGGAGCAGAGGGAGGAUGUCCCCAAGCUGGACCGACCGCCUCUGAGAAUAUGCCACCUCGGCGCUGGCAUUGGACAGAUGUCCAUGGUGGCGGCCAAAUGCGCCCGAGAUGCCGGGGUCACAGACAACGACAUAGAAACUCACGGUUGCACGGUGGUCGCCAUCGAGCAGAUGCAGAAGGUCAAGCACCUUGCACAACGGGCGUUCAAGGACAACGGACUUCAGAAUGAUAUCUUCUUUUGUAAUGAGGACGUGCGUAAGCUACCAAGCCAGCCGACUCGAGCACAGUUGAUGAUUUGCGAGCUCUUCGAUGCAGGAUUGUUGGGAGAAGGCAUCCUCGUUCUGCUCAACGCAGCCAGAGUGAAGAUGGCGAAUGCUUUCGAUCACCAGGUGAUCCCAGCUCGUGCCACCAUCUGGGCUGCAGCAUUUGAGUUUGGAGAGCACUUGAAUAACGUGCAUGGCUUCGACCUUUCAAUUUUCAAUCAUUAUCGUACCUCCUUGAUGGUGGACACGGACACAAUGCUUGAGAAAGGCGCCGCCAGGCAGCUCACCAAUGCGUUUGAGGUCUUCAAGUUCGAUUUUGAGAAGAACGAAAUGCCUGCGAUGCACACAAUCAAGCUCACUCCGACAGAAUCUGGGAAAAUCACCGCCAUCGUUUUCUGGUACGUCAUUGAAAUGGAUAUGGAAGGUGACAUUUUGCUCACCAAUUGGCCCGAGUCCAUCCCGCCCGCAGAUUUCUCCAUGAUGGAGAAGGACCUGCACCGUGCCCGACCUCUCAGGCAGGCCGUCUGCAAUUUUCAGGGCGACUAUGUGCGAGAGGUCACGAAGGGCGAGGCUGUGGAGCUGGACGCUGGCUACCACGAGGCCUGGCCGCAAUUCAUCUGGCCCGGCACGGAGAUGGUCCAACAUGAGGACGGCAAGAUGUACCCAAAGAAGCCUCCGAUGCCUAGGCACAGGCAAGCAUACGAGAAGAUGAAGGCCGAAACAGAGGACUUGGAGCGAAAACUGCAGGGAGGCCUGAUGUACGAUGAGGAGAUGCUGGCCGACGGGUACGCGGCUGCUGAGCGCGUUGCGCUCGAGCCAAAUGGGAAUCCGAAUUACUUGAUCGACCCGCAGAAUGCGAAUUUCUUCCACAUGAUGUUCUUCUUGUGA